GGGGCAUCACAGGAGCGAGAUCCUCCCACCCUGGUAUGAGGUAACCACUGGAAAGCUUGAGUUGACAAGGGACGCAGCAUCUUUCGACGGUUACUCACCAGUCGACCAACAGGAAGACGGAUUACACAGCAUUUAUAAAGCCGGUGGGAAGACUUUAUUCAUUCGACAAGACUUGUUCUACAAAACCCAAGCAUUGGAUUUGGCUGCCACAGACAAAGUCGUGUUGCUGUAUGUGAAUUAGUUAGUUAGCUUCUGCAUUCCUUGGCAAUCGACAAUCAAGAUGCAAGACAACAAGGUAUUCAAUGACCCUAUCCACGGCUGUAUUGAAUUGCACCCUUUGCUGGUGAGCAUUAUUGACACACCUCAGUUCCAGCGUCUGCGCCACCUCAAGCAGCUGGGAGCCACAGACUUUGUCUAUCCAGGAGCCUGCCACACCCGCUUUGAACACUCUAUUGGGGUGUGCUACCUGGCAGGAGAACUGAUGAAUGCCCUGAAACAGCGCCAGCCUGAGCUGAAUAUUACUGAGAACGACAUACUGUGUGUCCAGAUAGCAGGACUGUGCCAUGACCUUGGACAUGGCCCUUUUUCCCACAUGUUUGAUGGAAUGUUCAUCCCAAGAGCACGCCCGGGUUUGGGAUGGGAGCAUGAGACUGCAUCUGUGAAAAUGUUAGAUCACCUGAUCGAGGUAAACGGUCUGGAGCCAGUGAUGACGCGUCAUGGGCUGAACCUGCCUGAGGAUUUGGCGUUUAUUAAGGAACAGAUCGGCGGACCCCUGACGAACCCUUUUGCUCCCGACCAGUGGCCAUAUCAAGGAAGACAGCAAGAAAAAUAUUUCUUGUAUGAGAUUGUGGCCAACAACAACAAUGGAAUUGAUGUGGACAAGUUCGAUUAUCUUGCUAGAGACUCCUACUACCUGGGCAUCCCAAAUAGCUUUGACUACCGACGCUUUCUGAAGUUUUCACAUGUGUAUGAGGUGGACGGAUUGAUGCACAUCUGCUCUAGAGAAAAGGAAAGGGAAAAUUUGUACGACAUGUUUCACACACGGUAUAGCCUUUAUCGGCGGGCCUACCAGCACAAAGUGGGAAACAUCAUCGCAACAAUGAUAACAGAGGCUUUUGUGAUGGCUGACAACCACAUUCAGAUCAUAGGCUCCAAUGGCCAGACUUUCACCAUCUCCACUGCCAUUGACGAUAUGGAGGCUUAUACAAAACUCACCGACCACGUCUUCCAGCAGAUCCUGUACUCCUCGUCUCCAGAGCUGGCUGAGGCUCGGGCCAUCCUGCAAAACAUCAAUUGUCGCAAGAUCUACAAGUUUUUGGGCAAGAUCCGACCCAAUAAUCCUGUGGCAGACACAUCGGAUGUGCGCGCCGCGAUAGCAGCCAGCAUUGCUCAAGCCUUGCCUGACGGCAGCACAGGUGUAAUACUUCAGGCUGAAGAUUUUGAAGUCACUAUUAUUAACCGGGAUUAUGGGAUGAAUAGUGAGGACCCGAUCAAUCACAUGUAUUUUUACACCAAGAAUGGCCCCACAGAAGCCAGAAUAAUCAGGGAAGACGAGGUGUCCCUGCUCCUUCCGAGGAGGUUUGCUGAACAACUGGUCCGGGUCUACUGCAGGAGGACUGACGAACAGAGCUUUGAGGCAGCCAAGACCUACUUCGAGAUGUGGCGAUGUAGAUGUGCCUGGCCUGGAGCUGAUGGAGAGCUGAGAUGAUGAUGAAGAUGAAGGUGGUCGUCUGAGGGGGCAUCUUAUUUACAUAUAUAUUUAUUUGUGUUUUUUGGGGAAUAGUGCCUUGACUGCAAAAGUCAAACUCUUCUAUAUAGCAGGUGGUGGUGUUCAGAUGGGAAAUGGCUGUUCAUAAACUAAAGGGAAGAUUAUAAAGAAAAUGUACUAAGCGACAUAUGACGCAUUCUGCCCAGGAAACAUGUGCCGUAUGUAUGAAACUGCCGCACAGGGCUAGAACCGCAGUACGCAUGUGAUCUAGGUGACUCACCACAAGCUGCGCUUAUGUUAGUGCGUAUGCAUUCAGUGGUGGAUCCCGCAAAUAAAGGAUAGAUAUUAUAAGUGUGGCUGAUUAUGUAUUCCGUUGAAUUUACAAAAAUUCCCGCAAAUUAACCAAUUGUACCUGAAAUGUCUCCGUCUCUAAAGAGCAGGGGUAAACUGAGACACAAGACAGAAACACAGAUCUAGGCUGUGAAGAUAUACUGAAAUAAUCUUUGCAGCAAGAACACUAUUUCAACCCCCAGAGCAAGAAAUCAUCAAACAGAUUAUUAAUAGUAAAUAUUAUUUAAUGAUGUCAGCCAAUCAAUAAUUAAGGCUGGGUGUUUGUCAGAAAAUAUUUACAAAAUAAUUUAUUAAAUUAAGCAAUAUCUCAUGCAAAGCAAUUGGAAGCGACUGGAGUAACAUGCUCAACUGUAGUGACAGUAACUGAAGUAAAAUCAAUGUCCAUCACAGAAAGAGCGUGCGUUUGUUUUGAUUAGUUAUCAUCGAAAACAAUCGCGGAGAAGAAACUGGGAAUUAAAGGGACCGCCAAAAAAAUAGAAAAUCACCUGUGACUUCCAUGACAAACACCCAGCCAUACAAAUAAUUACACUUCUGGGAGAAAUAACAGAUGUAGUGGAGCCUCCCACACGACGUUCCCAUUCUAUCCCGGCAAUAGUGAAGCUCAUUGCAAAGAUACAUGCAGAAUACACGCUUUUACGAUAAAUGGUUAUCACCAUGAAAAUAUUCAAAGCACUAAACACGUGUUUUAACUGCGCGGUUUAAGAUCUGCCUAUUUUGCAAAAUGCGGUUCCGAGGCGGUUCACUGAUUACGUAAUAAGCUGUAGCUCAUUUGUGUGUAAUUUUGUUUUGUUUUUAAAUCAUUGUAAUUCACAAAAACAGCAAUAUACUUCUUCUUUUUUAAACAUUGAACUCACUCUCACAAUUUUAGCAAGCUUUUUUGUCAGAGUCUAGGCUCCUAAAAAGGUGAAGGUUCUUUUCUACAUAUAGCUUUAAACGUUAAAUUCAGCUAAUAGGAUAGUAAGCAAUCCCUAAGGACAUUAUGUGUGGGCAUCUUGAGAUAAGAAUAACUUAAUUAAUUUCAGCUAAAAUCUGGUUAACAUUUUGUGCAUUUGGAGUGACCGUAAUGUGGUGUUUUUGGUGUGUUUUUAUUUUAUUUAUAUAUUAAAAUUUGUAUUCUUGUCCUCUUUGCUUUGAGGUCUUAUUCAUUGUUAUCAUGUGGUUCUCAUGCAGUUCUCAUGUAGUUGAUACUGACGUCCAUCUAAGUUGAGAUCCACAAUAAGCUAUGGUCAGCGCUCCUUGAGAUUUUUUAUUUUGAAAACCAGGAGAAUAAGAACUUUGUUGGGAGGCAUCAUUAUCACACUUUCAUAUAUGUCUCAGUCUGUUUUGACUCUGAUGCACAUGUAACUGCAGCUGGGAAAUAAA